UGCCAUUGCCUUGUUGAACACAAGACGCCCGUCUAUCUUGUCUCAUAUCUGGGCGGAUGGGUCGCAAGAGUUGGGAAACUGACUAGUCUCUCUCUCUCUCUAUCUCUUCAACCCUCCUCCUCUUCCCUAUAUCCCUCGUUUCUUCCAGCCGCCGAGUGCAGCAGGAGCAGCAGAGCGCCCUGGCCGUCUCUCGUCUCCUUUGUUGUUGAUCCAAAGGAGGGCGCAACACGCGCCAUCACGGCCGUGUGUCCAACAGUCACACUAGAGCUCCGUCCUGCCCAGACCAGAGAGAGAGAGAGAGCUCUGCUGUGCUGCAGUCCGUGCCCGCCAGUGUGUGUCUACCACGCCUCGCCCGGCCGUCUCUCUUGUCUCUCUCUCUCUUUUUCUCUUUUAGACCUCCGCACAACGAUUGUUGACUGCCGGUUGCCAAGGCUUCUCUCCCUCUCUCUCUGGCCCGUCUUCUUCUUCUUUUCGGGGUCACACACGAAAAACGGACUGUCAGGCAAUUCGCCACCCUUCGAGAAAAUAAUUUCAACAAACCGAUUCGCUCCUUGUUUCGGCUGGGCGAGAAUCUGUGACCGAAUCGAACGUUUCUCAAAGCAUCCGCUCGCCACAGCAAGUCGGUCUCUGUCGUCUCUCUCUCCCUGUGUGUGUGUGUGUGUACGUUUCGGCACUGAUUAUUGAUCCGAACGGGGGUAGUAGUGUGGUAGCAUUUGAUAGAAGUGAGUGUGUGUGUGUGUUGGUGUGUGUUGGUGUGUGCAACUGUUACAAGUAAAGAGAGCGGAGGGUCUCAACUGUGGACGAGAUGACGUGUUAGAAGAUGUCUUGGCCGCAGUCGUCGUCGUCGCAGACAGCUGAAACACUGACGACUUUGACUAAAAUUAGCUCACCGCAGCAGCAGCAGCAGCAGACCAACGGGGACGACGACAAUCACAACUGGAAGACUACAACUGGUAGAGUGGCCGAGCAUUCGGACCACGUCUUGGGCCACCCCACUGACUAAUAGACUGGCAGCAGCCGCCCGUGCGUGUAUUCUUCAACAAUCGCUAGAGACUGCAACAACAACAACACGAGCCAGAUAUACAUCACCUUGGUCCGCCUUCAUUAAUAUAUACAGCGGUGAUCGAUCCUCGGAUGUGCUGGAUCGUGGCUUUUCCCUCCUCUUUUAUUCAGACAAACAUUGGCAGUGAGCAGCGCAGCAGUCAAAACAUCAAAACAAAAGUACUCUCAAGUCUUUCCUACCAUUAGCGGCGACAGUCCCUCCUCAAUCAUUAAAUAACGUGUCCGGCCGGCCCAACAACCUUCCACAUCCAGGCAAAGACUCGACACUCCCAACGCUUGAUAGCCCAUCCAUAUACACACAUAGGUCUAUCCUGACAGCAGCAGUUCUCUGUGACAUUCAAUCCGCCGACCAGAGCUCUGUAUAGAUUCGCAUUCCGGUGACUGGAAGAAUUCGACACCCAACUGAAUGGUUGAUUGCCUUUUCAGACCUAAGACAAAGGUUGUGAAAGGUUGCAAAGACUUGACAAACUCGAGAGAUGGUCAGUAUGAGUGGUGAUAGACAGCGCAGCGCUUCAACCAGCGUCGUCCAGCAAGAAGUCAAUGCCAACAAAGACUCGCCAUCUGCAUCCACGUCGUCGACUACAGCAGCAGCAGCAGCAGCAGCCACCAACAAUUCCAUCAAAGAUAAGAAAAUGGCGAGCAACUCGAGCGCAGCGCCGACGAGUCACGCCACUUCCAACAGCUCGGCGCCCACCGCCGCCGCCGCCGCCGCCGCCGCCGCCGCCUCCGCCUGUGGCAGCAACGGCAUCGUUCCCGUUUCCGGCCCGGUCAACAGCUCAACAACAGCAGCACGGAGGGCGCCCGCAAAUGCCGCUAAUCCCGCCGAACAGGGACAGCUUCACAAUGAGGAGUCACCCAAUCAUAUCGUCUACAGAAAGAUGGAGCACAUAAUCGAGCGGAUGCAGGAUGACAGUGCUGGCGUAAGCGUCAAGAAUGUCAAGACUUUCAUGAACAAAAUACCUUCCGUCUUCACAGGCACCGACUUAACCAACUGGAUGAUCAAGAAUUUGGAUGUGUCGGAUCAAGCCGAAGCACUUCACUUAGCUCACUUGAUGUCUGCUCACGGUUACUUCUUCCCAGUGGAGGAUCACAUCCUAACCGUGAAAAACGACGGGACGCUCUACCGUUUCCAGACGCCGUACUUCUGGCCGAGCAACUGCUGGGAGCCGGAGAACACGGACUACGCCGUCUACCUGUGCAAGCGGACGAUGCAGAACAAGGCGAGACUGGAGCUGGCCGACUACGAGGCGGAGAACCUGGCCCGCCUUCAGAAGAUGUUCUCCAGGAAGUGGGAGUUCAUCUUCAUGCAAGCCGAAGCCCAGUCGCGUGUCGACAAGAAACGCGAUAAGCUCGAGCGCAAAGUCCUCGACAGUCAGGAGCGUGCCUUCUGGGAUGUUCAUCGCCCCGUGCCGGGCUGCGUCAACACGACCGAGAUGGACAUCAAAAAAGCCUGCCGGAUGCAUCGUCCAAUCAAGAGCGCUCGCCAUUUGUCGGUGGCCGUGGCGGGCGGCCGCAUUUCGCCGUCGGUCUCCGAGGUGGACAUCCAGUGCCCGGCCGCCACCAUCCAGAAAGAAAUCGAGUUCCUCCGAAAGAAACUGGCCCGCACCAACAUCAAAGUCUCCAAGGUGGCCGAGUCGUACAUCAGUUUCUACGAGCAGUACGUCGAAUACGAUCCGUUCGUCACCUGCACAGAGCCGCUCAAUCCGUGGAUUAGCGACACGCUCGACUUUUGGGAUCAAGACAAAUCCGGGAAAGAAAUCCAGUUGAAGCGAGUCCGUCGGUGGGCGUUCAGCUUGCAAGAGCUUUUAAAGGAUCCCGUGGGCAAGGAGCAUUUCACCAAGUUCCUGGAAAAGGAAUUUAGCAGCGAGAAUCUCAAGUUCUGGGAAGCGGCCCAGGAUUUAAAGGCUCUGCCCUCGAGUCAAGUCGGAGCGCGGGCGAUGGAAAUCUGGAAUGAAUUUCUCGGACCGGAAGCCAAAUGUCCGGUCAACGUCGACUCCAAAUCUCACGAGGCCACGCGCCUGGCCAUGGACAAACCUGAUCGAUGGACUUUCGAUCGAGCAGCGGCCCAUGUUUACCACUUGAUGCGGAGCGACAGCUACUCACGCUAUCUGCGCUCAGAAAUGUACAAGGAUUUUCUGAGCGGUUCCAAGAAGAAGGUCGUAAGUCACUUUUCUUUUAUCCCCAAAUAAACGAAUCAAUAGCGACACGCACACCGCCGAGAGACGGAGAGAGACGAGUCAACUCAACUCGCCAACGCUCCUCCUCCGUCUAGACGUUUCAUUUUUUCCUCCUCUCUCGUGUCUCUCUCCCCUCUCUCCUCUCUUCAUCCUCUUUGUAGCCGGGGACAUUCACGCCGGCUGCCGAAAUUUACCCACGUGAGGAAAACGUCCUGAAAUUUACACACACACCUCUCAUCCCGCCACCCUAUCACCCCCCUAAACAAAACAAAAAAAGAACUCUUCAUUUCGCUAUGCGGCGCUCGACCUGCCCCUGCCUGCCUGCCCCCCCUCCCCCCCCCCCACAUUUGUUUUCAUCUCUCUCGCUCAUCCAGUUCCUCUCAUCUGCCCGACUUGUUCUUCGUUCUCGACGUCUCCUUCUUUCGUCAUUCGACCGUGUCGUCUCUCAUUUAUCCGCCCUUCCGCCCUUGUAUAAUCGCUCGUGCGUUCGCUUCCGUGCAGCAGCAGCAGCAGCAGCAGCAGCAGACUUUGGGUGGUGAAGGCAUUCGCGCCAUUGUGCCCUUUACCAGCUGAAGGAGAAUGAACGAGGAUGGUCAGGCAUCCUACUAAUAUCCUGAAAUUCCAUAUCUCUCUCCCCCUCCCCAAUCCUCAUCCACCCCACUACUCUCCACGAUUAACAAACAAACAAACCAAAAAUUCCCCCCGUUUUUUUUUAUUUUUUUUCUAAUCUCCCGCUCGAUGAAUAUUUGGACGCAGCGAUCCUUCCUCUAUUCUCUUGUGCGAGACGAAAGCUCGUGGACAUUCAUCGACGCUCGCCACGUACUCUACCGCAAGUCUUCUAUAUGAUUUUGUCUUUUUCUCUCUCUGAUUUCAAUCAAACAAUCAUUUUCAAAUUUUCAAUCAACCCGUCGUUCUCUAACCCAUUUCUUCCUGCUUUGCUGCCAGCCAUCUUGAAUCCGUUGAUUGAGUUGUCUCUGGCUCAAUCUGAAGCCUGCAUGCCACCUUCAAAGAAAAACCGUCAGAUGUGAAAGGUAUUCCUGAUCAACCGUUAUUUCUCAUUUUCUAUACAUCAGUUUCUUUUUCUGUUGGCACUCCGGUUUUUCUUUCAUUUGUUCGCCUUUUUCAUUACUCACACAUUUCACUCCAUUCUUAUUAACUAACUACUCGAGUGAUUGACGUAUACAUUUGGUGGUUAUAUAA